AUGGAGGGUGCGGGAUCAGCUGGUGCCUUGACCGAUGAGAUCUACCAUGCAGGUGAUGAUGAUGGAUGGGAUGAAGAGACGAUUUUGCAGUCUCUAGUAGAACAAGGUGAUGAAGAUGCUCAAACAGUGAGCGAUUUUGAAGACCAACUCAUCGAUGUGUGCCAAGAAAGUUCCGAACUUUCUCUCUGUUUCUCGGCUUAUGCCGAUGCCAGAGCCAGGAUUCGCGACAAGCUUCGAGCCCGUGGCUUCUGGCCUGCCUCCAAGGGGUCAAAAGGCCGUGGUCGAAAAGGAGGAGGUUUCAAGGGAGGUGGCAAGAAGAAGAACCAGACCCUUGCAGACCGAAUUGCCUCAUCGGCAUGCCGCAUUUGCGGUGUCAAAGGUCACUGGAAGUGGGAGUGCCCUCGUAAGGGCGGAGCUGCUUCGUCAAGUCAGAAUGCUGAUGUGAACCUCGCCUUGGAGGUGGCCAGUGGUGAUUUUCAUGAAGAACUUCAGUGGCAACUUCCAUCCCAGGACAAGGAGAAGGGCAAGAUCAUCCGCUAG